ACUCCAGUGAUGGGCCAACCCUGUCGACAUUCCUGUCACCAUCACCGUCGCCAUCAGCGGCAUCAUCAUCAUUCCCUUCCCCUUCCUCAGACAGUUUUUCAUCGUUUGCGGUGGCGAACGGGCCGCAAACGGAAGCCACGAAUCACACUUUCAAGAGUUUAGCCUUCCUGGACGCGUCCUUUGGCUCCGAUCUGUUUGCCCAGACGGACACGGAGCGGGAGAGGGAGGGGGAAUCGCAGGACUCGCAGGACUCCUCGCAGUUGCUGCCAAUUUUCGACUUUGGCAUGCCGCGCAACAUCACCGGACGCACUGGCCACACGGAGGCCAUAAUUAAAUGCCGCGUGGACAGUCUCCAUGAUAAAUCGGUAUCCUGGAUACGGAAACGUGAUCUGCAUAUCCUGACCGUAGGCACCGCCACCUACACGUCGGACAAGCGAUUCCAGGUGACUGAAUCGAAGGAUGCCAGGGAGUGGACCCUCCAUGUGAAGUCGCCGCUGGCAAAGGACAGCGGCAUCUACGAGUGUCAGGUGAACACGGAGCCCAAAAUGUCCAUGGCCUUCCAGCUGAACAUCAUCGAAAUCUCCCCGGACGCCAAGGCGGUCAUCAGUGGACCGCCCGAUCUGCACUUCAAGGCGGGCAGUGCCAUUAUCCUCAACUGUCUGGUGCAGCAGCCGUCGGUCAAGGACAUCGGACCGAUUUACUGGUAUCGCGGCGAGCACAUGAUCACUCCCUUCGACGCCGACGAUGGUCCUCCGGUGAUGCUGGUCAGUAAGGAUCAGCAGCCCCAAAGGACUUCCGAAGACUCCGCCUCCCCGAAUGACAUUAUGAACGAGGUGGACCUGCAGAAGGAGUUCGCCACCCGCAUCGCCAUGGAAUCGCAGCUGGGCGAUACCCUCAAGUCCAGACUCCGCAUCUCGAAUGCCCAGACCACGGACACCGGCAACUACACGUGUCAGCCAACGACGGCCAGCAGCGCCAGUGUCCUGGUCCAUGUGAUUAAUGAUGAGAAUCCCGCUGCGAUGCAGAAGAGCGGGGCGUGUCCUUGGACCCCCGGUCCGCUCCAGCUGUUCCUUCUGCUCCUUCUGCCGGAGUUGUUGUUGCUGCGAGCGGUACUGGCAACUGUUGGCAACUGAAACCGAAAGUUGGACCCAUCAUCAUCGUCGUCGUUGUUAGCACUCUAAUUGCAGCAGAACGAGAGAAUUAUGUUCCAUGACGUUGGCAUUUUUUCUGUGCGCUGCUGCUGCUGCCUUUUUUUAGAAUUCUGGAAUGGAAAAGAGGACAGAGGAAAAUGGGAAAGGCAAACACAACAGACGCUUUCCCUUUCAGGCGAAUGUUUGUUUUCCUUUUAAUAUUUACAUUUCAUUGUGCAAAAUGAGACACUGAGCCGGGCACGCGAAUGCAAAAUGCAGAAUGUAAAAUGCAAAGGACGAAGGACGAAAAAGCAGAAGGACGAAGUAUGACACUCUCUGUAAAUACCACAAAGAUGCGGCAAAGCUUACAGAUAUACAGAUAUACUUACAUAUACAAAAGUGUGUAUUUUAUUUCAUUACUGCGGCUCCUCCGCACAAAGGAUCCCCGCACACGCAUCGACUUUAUAAACAUUUCAUGCUGUCUUAACAGAGAGAGAGCCAAGCUAACCG